CUGCCCUGGCAGUGCUCCGGCAGAUGAGGCAGGGCCGCAAGCAGGUGAAGGGCCCGGUCCGCAAUGACCUGGACACCAUCAACAACCUGAAGGAGAGGGAAGGGUUCCUCAUUGCGCCGGGGCGAUUCAAGGUGCCCAACAAGGAGCCCAGGUUUGGCAGCGACAGCCUCCGAGACAAGUUCAAUUGCAAGCGGAAGCUGCUGGAUGUCAGCGGGGACGCCGGCUGCAGGAAGAAGACGGAGAACAGGAAAUCGGAGCCGAUCUUCUCCCGUGCCCCUGCUGGGUACCCCAAAGAAGGCCCCUAUCGCCCUAUUUAUAUCAUCCCGGACCAGAUGGAGCCGCGCAUCUUUGCCACCGAGAGUCAUCAAAUCUUGUUUAUCCUAGAGGUCUCCUUGGUGACCCAGUGGUGCUGAUUCCUUCUACCCAUGACUGAAAGAAGAAGGGGCUGUUGGAUUUGUAGCAGAGAGGACUUUUCUCCCAUCUCUUCAUUAGGUGUUUCAAUGAAAAAGUGUGUGAUCGGAAGCAAACGCCAGGUUCAGAAGGCCUGGCUCAGAGCCACCUCCCUCUCUCAGCCACUGGGGGUCCAUGUCUCUGGCACCAGGGAGGAUGUAAUCCAGCCACAUGGCUGUAGUGCAAGUUUGCCACAGGAAGACAAAGCCCUAAGCUCUCCAGUCCUCCAAAGAGUCUUCCAGGGGAAAGUAGAGAUAGAAAAGCACCAAGUUUCUGAUGCAAAGUAUAGCCAGGAAAAAAAAUUAGAAGGGGUGAAAAAAGGUCCCUCCUCCCCCUCAGAAGCGAAAACUCCCAGAUGCAGAUUUUAACUCGACAGGUGACCUGUAACUGAAAAGACUAAGGGUCAGACCUGGAUCAUUGGGUGUAUUACAGUAACACUUCUACACCGCAUCCAGCAUCGUGGUCUCAGUGUGCCAGGUACUGCACAGACCCCGCCCCCGCCGAGAUCAAGGCCCCACAUUAUACCAGACACCGCAUAGACCCCAUGGAGGGCAGGGCCCCGCCUUGUGCGAGGAACAGAAUUGACCCGCUUCUACCCAGAUCAGGGCCCCGUUGUGCCAGGGGCUGCCGAGAGACCAACCAGGAUCAGGGCCCAGUCGGGCUGGGCGCCGCCCAGACACACAGUGACCGAGAUCAGGGCCCGUUGGGCCGGGCGCCGCCCAGACACACAGUGACCGAGAUCAGGAAGGGCACAUCGAUUUCCUGACCUUCCUCUAUCUGUCACCUCUCCCACAAUUUGUGAGCCCCUGCACCACCCACUCUCCCAGGAGACUCAGCCCUUCCAGGAGCCCCUACCUCCACCAGCCCUCUCCUUACCCUACUUCUCCCAGCUGACUUGUCCCUAAUACGGAGAAGAUCUAUUGUGGUUUUGGCAGUAGCCAGUAGGUGAAGGUUGGCACACAGGGCAGCACUGGGGCUGGCCAAAGCAUUCAAAGCCACAUGUAUCUGCUUGAAAGUGAUUGGGCCGUGGACUGAAUGUCAUCAUCCCCCUUUCAUCGAUGGGGAAACUGAGGCAUGGCACAGGGACGUGACAUACCCAAUGUCACACCUUGGCAGAGUUGGGACUAGAACCCAAGGUUGGCCCAUGGUGCCAGUUUCCGCUCCAUCUUGCCCACCUCAUUGCAUCCUGUCAGAGCUACUGAGGCAUUCAGAUCUGGGUAGCUGUCUCAGAGCCGAGCAAACCUCCCUCACACCUCAAGUCUGGGUGAGAUUUGCUUUGUCUGGAGAGUCAGUGGUGGCAAUGAAACCAGGCAAGAUUCCUGCCAGACUUUGCACGUGGUGUGGGGAGGGAUUCACUUGAUUGCCCCUGGAACAGGAAUUGAUGGGAGCGGAGGGUCACAACUCACGGUGCUGUCCCUGCCUGCCGGCUCUGCCACCCACAGCUCCCAUUGGCCAUAAUUCCUGGCCAAUGGGAGCUGUGGGGAUGGUGCCUACAAGCAUGGGCCAUGCAGAACCACCUGUUCCCCCCACAAACACCAAACAGGAGAUGCCCCAGGUAAGCAUGCACCCACACCCCAACCCCCUGUCACAGCCCCCAUACCCUAACCUCAGCCUCCCAGAUCUCAUGCUCCAACACUGAGCCCCCUCCCAUGCCCAAACUUCCACCCCACCUCCUGCCCUGAGCCUCAAACCACAGUCCCCUCCCUCACACAGAUCCCUAAGUUUUGGUCCCACCCCAGAAUUUAGAGAGCCCAAGAAGAAGCCUAGGAGCCCCAGGUCCCCAGAAAAGUUAAUCUGGCCCUGAUGGUAGCCAUGCUGUCCAAUAGGGUCUAGCCCAGUCCUGAACCCCAUGCUUACUCUAAGGCCUGGUACUGCUCCCAUUGAAGCCAAUCUUAGUCUUGCAAUAGACGUCAGCAGGACUCGGAGCUGGGACAAUCCCAGAGGGAAGUGAACGGCAGCUUGGCCUGCGUAAAGACUUCAGCAUUUGGCCUCCUUUUCACUCCCACUUAUAUGAAUGCUAAGUGAUCU